UUUUAUCAAAUAGCAGUGUGAUACUGUUAUAAUGUGCUUUAGACUUUGUGUCUUUAUUUUUCGUAUAAAAAUGUAAUAUUCUUUUUAAAAAUUGCAGAAAAGUAUGACUUAGAUUAUGAGAGAAAGAAGCUGUGAUGGUGUAUAUACCUUUAUUUUUCUUUGCUACAAAAUUAUAAAAAUACCUUAAGAUUAUUUUGUUAAUUUUAGCACCAUGUUUGCAGCCGCUUGGGAUGGAAAAUAACGUAAUACCUGAUAACAGGUUAAAAUCAUUUGCUCCUUUUACAAAUAUAAAUAUUUCUUCUGUUCGAUUGAACAGUCCUUUCAAUUGGUGCAGUAGAAAUGCAUCCAUUCAGAUUCAUUUGGGAAGAAUUAUGACAAUUACUGGUCUUGCAAUACAAGGUGAUACAGAGGAUGUGCCAUAUGUAAACAUCAAAUAUGGUAUAACAAGUUCAAAUGAUUUAGUUGAUCUUUGGCAAGAAGAGAUUGUGAAUCACCGUAAUGUUAAGAGGAACUUUGCAUAUCCUGCAAUUAAAUGCUUAAAACGACAUUGGUUUGAGCAGGGUGCAUUUACUGUUCGUCAUAUUCGUAUUUAUCCAGUUGUAACACCCCCUAAAGUUGUGUGUUUGAAAAUUAAAUUAUAUGGAUGUGCAGAAACAUGUUCAUCUUGAAUCCAGUCAAUAUUUUACCCGAAAAUCAAUGGCACAACUUCGCUGUUGCCACCAAAUAUUUAUUCUUCUCGAUCUUGGUGCCCAUUUACUCCAGAAUUUCUAAGAUAUCAGUUUGGUAUGAAGAUUAUGUUAACUGGUAUGCUAGUUCAAACUAGUGAAGCAAAAUCAACACGUAAUUUUAAAGUGCGUUACGGAGAUUCUGUGAAGUAUUUAAACUUUGUUAAAAGAGGAAAAUCUGAAAAGAUGUUUCUUGCGAACAGUACAACGAAUUCCAUAAUAACACAUUGGUUUGACAUUCCAUUAAUAUGCAGUAUUAUUGAUAUCAUCACUCAAUCAAGUGGAUGAUGUAUAAAGAUUGGUUUUACUGGUUGUUUAACAAGUUGUAUGAAUAAACUUGGAGUUGAAAGGAGAAAGCCAGGAAUAACUUUAUCUGCUUCUGGUUCGUUUUCAAAUAAUAAUUUGCCAGAUAAAGCUCGAUUGAAUAGUCUUAGAUAUGCCUUGGCAAGAAAAAAUUGGUGAUCCAAACGUUUGGCUUCAAGUGUGCUUUAACGAUACAAAAUACAUUUUUGGAGUUGCUCUGCAAGGUCUGGGUUAUAUAUGGAAUGAUAGAAUAAAGACCUACAAAAUAUAAUAUGGAUAUAAACAUGAUUCUACCAUUUAUGAUUACAAAAUAAAUAAUAUCAAACAUGAAUUCACAGGGAGCAACGAUAGAUACAAAACACAACUAGCUACUCUUCCAACUAUGUUAAAAGCGAAGUGCGUUAGAUUGCAUGAAAUGGAUUGUAAUAAUAAAGUAAAUGAUGAUCAAGGGUGUGGUGGAAGAUUGGAGAUAAUGGGAAGCAAUGGAGAUAAACUUCCUGGUGUUGUAAUUAGCAGAGUAAACAACAGCUUACAAUGUGCAGCAUUUGGCACUCAUCCAAACAUACAAUGGAGUUUAAAUGACAAAACAAUUUCAAAUGAUGGAAAUUAUACAAUCACUGAGAUUUGGAACCAAAGCCCAACUACAUUAUAUAAGUCAUUACUCACUUUUAAGAGUAAUAUUGACAAGUUUUUGUUGAGAUUUGGUGAAUGUGAUAAUCAAGUGAAUGGAAAAUUGAAGUGUACCAAAGAAUAUAUGUGUGCAGAUCAGUACAUGUUUCAAAAUUAUUUUCUCCCUGCUAAAAUAUCGUCAUUUGUUCUGUCAAAAAUUUACGAAGCACCAAAAAACUUUUCUGUACUUACUCAAAAUGCAACAUCUGUAACAUUUGGAUGGAUUUUAAAUGGAAAAGAAUACAUAUCUAAAUAUAGAAUUGAAUGUUGCCAAAUAAGAUGUGCAAAGAUUAUUUUUAUUGACAACAUAUCAAGCACAAAAGCGUAUGCCACAGUUCAUCCAUUAUUACCAUUUACAAUGUAUGAAUGUAAGAUGAAAACUUUUUUCUCAUUUGCAUCAGACAUGGCAGUACUAUUGAAUUCUGUAGUUGCUGUAAAAACUGACACAACAGUACCGUCACAACCAAGAGAAUUAAAAGCGAUCAUCAUGUCACCCAGUCAUGUAAAAUUGAUUUCGAAAAAUUCACUUCAUAUUAAUGGUAUUUUAAAACAAUAUCUGGUUACCCUGAAGGGAUUAAAGACAUACAACUCAUCCUUUUUACAUCAAAAAACUAUUGCCAUCAACUGUACACACUUUGAUAUACAAAAUGUUUAUCCAGGAACAACCUACUUUUUUAAUGUCAAAACAGAAAACAAUGCUUUCGUAGGACCUGCUUCCAAUAUAACAACUACAGUUACUCCAUAUGACAAGCCCAAUGCGCCACCCAUAACUGUAGAAAAGCUCGGAAUGCAAGAAACUGUUUUGACAUUGAAUUCAGCGUCAGAUGAAACUGGACCAAUACGUUUCUACCAACUAACCAUUAAAAAAUACUGGAAAUUAGACUGUUCAUAUGGAUUAAACAAUACCACAUUAAUGAUUGAAACAGCAUCCACCCAUGUGCCUCUAAAUGUCGACAUAUACAAAGGUGUUGAAGAUGUUACUAUUGCUGGUACGAUUAGAAAGUUCUCCCUCACAGAAACAUAUCUGUUUUGCUGGAGGGCAGUUUUAAAUGAAACAGUAAGCUUUUGGUUAUAUGGGUCGAAACCUACCUGCCCUUGGUUAAAGUUCUGUUCAUCUUUUCAAAUGUGUUGUGUCCUUUUUAUUUUUUUUAUAUUUUUUUUAAUUAAUUCCUUGUAAAAAGGGAGAAUUGUGCUUUUAGAGGCAUGUUCUCUAGAGGAGUACAACCUCUAGCUUAUUUCCAAAGACCUAACAGGUUGAGUUCAUCAUUGCGGUGGCUUGCCACCUCUUUGUAAAUUAUUUUCUUAUAUUUAUAAACUAGUCGAUAGAGCCCAUGGAAAAAUUCACUUAGACAGGAGAACAAUGACAAAGAGAACCGUCACUGGAAUUUUAAUGAUGUCAGCAAAAACCCAUCAAAGGAUUUUUCUUAGAAAUUCUUUCACUUGUUGCCUCUAUUGUGUAGAGCUUGAAUAGCUGAUCAAAAUAAUGUAUAGGAUGAUAUGUGUUUGACAGACGCCUUCAUCGUAUAGAUCUUGAAACGCUGAUCAAGUAAAUGUAUAGGAUCAUGUAUCUUUGACAGAGAUAUUAGGGUUUAAAGGUUUUUUGAUUACUUCAUUAACCCGUCCAUUCUGAAACGGAUUUGGGUACCUAGGUUUGGAAAAUCUACCCAAAUUGGUCCCAGGGGGUCCCUAGUAACCCAUGCAGUGAAAAAUCACUGACAUCACUUCCUCGUUUCUAAGUUAUGUGGCCUCAAAGUUUUAAGUACACUGUGAUGGCUUCAUAAAUUUAAUAUAAGAUAUGGAUGUUCAAGUAAUGUUAUUGACGUCGUGCCGUAACGUCAGAAAAUUUAACAUUUGAGACAUCAGUUCUUCGGCUACAUCAAAGAAAAAUGAACACAUCCACCUUGCCUGUUACAGACAGACACACUCUCUGUAUAAUUAUAAGAGAUUCAGGUGAAACAUAUGUUGCAAGUUGGUUAACUGCGGUAUGAAUGGUAAAAAAACUAAAAAAAAAUAUAAAUUUCUUAGCCACUACAAGUAUAAACUAAUAGUCCUCUAUACUAAAUAAAUACUGGCUACUCAAAGCCUUUUUUUCUUUGAAUUUUGGCAAGUAUACCAUUUCCAACUUGUCAAUCUAAAAACACAUUUUGCUAUGCAAGUUUUUUUUCAAUGGCGUGGCCAAGAAAAUUUUUGUAUCGUUUUCCAGAAAGUUUCCCUGUUAUUUGUGCCUUAUAAAGCUCAAAAAGUUAUAAGAGACCAAUUAAAAAAGAUGAAUUUUUGCACAGUGAUGCUUAUUGAUAAAAAACACAUUUAUGCAAACACAAGUGAAAAGCCUGUCUUGAACAGAACAGAAGCUGUACGAAUUUGAAACUUUUAUGACGAACUAGGCAUUAAC